AUGCAAAGACAGUUCCAUCGCCACUGCAAGCUCAUAAAGUUGCUUGCCUUCUCGCUAUACGCUACAACUUUCAGUCCAUCUGCUGUGCCAUCAGCAGGACCUGAAACUUCCAAGCCCACACGGCGUUUUGCCACAGUGAAUUAUGUCACCGGCCAAGCCCCAGAUAUUUUUAAGGUUGGAUCGACAGAAAGAAAGCUUAGAGCCACUGGAAAGGUGGCUUCUUUUGCUCGCAGUGUCCCCACCGAUGAAACGACCGAUGAAAUGAAUCCAGGGCCUCCAGGGGGUCGAGUUGUGAUCGCAGGCCUGGGGCCAGGCAAUCCGUCGUACCUCACACGUGCUGUGUGGGAUGAAAUCUGUAGCUCCUCCGAGGUAUUCGCUCGGAUUGGUCGACAUCCGGCCCUAAGUGCAAUCCCCGACACGGUGAAGCUUACCACUUUUGAAAGCUAUUACGAAGAAGCAGAGACUUUUGAAUUUCUCUAUAGCAAUAUAUCUAACAGAAUCUUGGAGCUUGCCAAAGAGCAUGGCAAGGUUCUGUAUUUAGUUCCUGGAGAUCCAUGGGUGGGUGAAACUACCACGAAGCUAAUCACAAGUCGAAGCUCAUCGUGUGGCGUUCAGGUAGACAUCUUGCCGGGCAUAAGUUUUGUUGAGCCAACAUUGGCAGCAUUGAAAGUUGAUCUGCUACCUCGACUGCUGGUAGGAGACAGUUAUGAACUUGUCAGCUUUCAGCAUUUGCCCUUGGAGUGCAACACACCUCUUCUGAUUUCUCAGCUUGAGGAUCAGUUUGAAGCUAGUGCUCUCAAGGUUGUUUUGAUGACCAGCUUUAGCCCAGAACAUGUUGUUGCGCUUGUCCAUGCCGCAGGAUCUGCAGAGUGCAAGGUCGAAUGGCUUCCGUUACACAGGAUGGAUCAGUGCAAAGACAUUGGAAUCAUGACCUCGCUGUACGUGCCAGCAGCGAAUGGAUCCUUUAGCCAACUUCGGGAUGCUUUUGCAAAACGCCGUGAGGAUAUCAGGGACGUUUGGGAUGACAUUACUCAUGAAGAGCUCUCCGCAGGAUUGUUGAAGGGCUCUGAGGCUUUGCUUGCAGUUUCAAAGGAUCCUCCAAGACCUUCUGAAGUCUCUGAGUCCUUGGCCAGGAUUUUGGCAUUCACAGCUGCUCAUUUGCAACUUGGUGAGGAUGACAAUGACUUCACAACCAGAGACAUCAUUUCCAGAGCAUCCCAGAUCGUGCUGGUGGUGCAAGAACCUCCCGAGGUCAAAGCUUUGAGUUUGGAGGGCUUCGACUUGGUAUUGACAUGGCAAGACCAGCACCUCUCGUGCGAGUGGCUGGGACGUCGGGCGGAGCUCUUUGUUCCAGCCACCCCUUGGCUGGUGCCAGCUGAGUGGCCUCAGUUUGGCACGAAACCCAAGAAAGCAGCCCUUGGAUUCCUCAGAGGCAGCAAAUGCCGAACAAAAGGACACCAGCUGCGACACAAGAUUUGGGAGGUGCAAGAGCGACUGAAGCAGGAGAUGCAGGUUCCUUUGGACUUCAUGGAGGGUGGUGGCAUUAGCCGUGACCAGCGCAAUUUGCAGUUCUUCAACAGCUUUGUUCUUGUGAUUGAGAACUCCAAGCAAGCCAACUACUUCUCAGAGAAACUGCUGGAUGCACUGCUUGCGCGGUGCAUUCCAGUUUACUGGGGUUGUCCCAACAUUGGUGACUUCUUCGAUGUCGCAGGGAUGGUGGUGAUAGAAGGUGAAGACAUUGAUGAAGCUGUAGAUCAGGUGCUUUCCAAGUCCAAAUCCUUGACUCCAGACAUGGUCGAGUUGUGCCAAGAAGCUUCAGAAAAGAACUACUUGGAAGCAACAAGGUAUGCUGGAGACUUUGGUUUGCGUUUGCAACAGGCUAUUGAUGCUGCCAUCCGAGCUCGGCCUGACUUGUUGCCGCUACAGGGACGAAAAGAGCUUGACGAGGGCAUGAGUGCCAACCCGAAAGAGGCUUAUGCCUAG